AAGGUGUGCUUGCUGGAGAGUGACUGCGUCAAGAUCCGAGGGAAGACCCCGCGUGACUGUCUGAAGAGUGGCGAAACGCCAGUCGAGUGCCAGUCCUUGCGCAACACCUUUUUCGAGUGCAAGCGAUCCUUACUAGAUGCACGUCAGAGGUUUAGAGGCCGCAAAGGCUACUAAAAAGCCAAGGAUGCAAAAAGCUCCCACACGGUCAUCACAUGCAAGUCCAUCGCCAGGCAAAGCUGCCCGAACUGACUUUUGUAUUCAGAACAACUGCAACCAACCUAGACACGAAAAGUCGCACUAUUGUCUUAGGCACAUUUUGCAAGAUCCAACCGCGCCUUACAAACAAUGCGCUUACACAUAUAAUUCCACCGGCAAAAGAUGCUUGAAUAUAGCCCCAAAGCUAGAUAAAAAAGACGGGAGAUAUUGUGCGGAGCAUAGCAGAAAAGCUUUGGCCAUGAGGAUUCGGAGUGGACGGCAAAGGGCCCCGAAAGAAACUGCGGACACCCUUUUACAGUCUCUCAGCCACUACAUACCUCAUCCUGGCAAAGUCAUCAAUCCUUUUGUUUUAGAGGAUAUUGAUGCAACAAGGUUAAACACAAGUGUGGCACGAGUGUUGGAUUUGGCCAGUGACUCGGACAGUGAGCCUAGUGAGGGUGGAAAUGUCACUUUGGACGCAGCUUGGUCUGGAGACAGCGAAAGCGAAGGUGACAGCGCGGACAGUGAUAUGGAUGACCCCUUGAGACAUGCGGGAGUUUACACAGAGGAAGAAGUUGUUGCGCAAGCCAAGGAAAGCAUGGUUCGCCUUCAAAAUCUUUAUGUUAGGGAGUUUCGCAGUCUCCAGUUCAAACUUCGGGAACAGAGGCGUCACUACCUUGCUUCCGUUAAAAAAGAAAAGGAGACAAUGAUGAGUAUACAUCAGCAACCAAAGAAUACCUCAGAAGAGCAAUCGGUUUACAAAAAACUUCAGGCAUUGAAUCGUUACCACAAGCUCUACGGAGUUGAGGCAGUUCUUCACAAAAGGGAAAAAGACCGAAAAGCUCAAGCUUUGUUGGCAUUUCAACCGAGUCGCCAGAGUCAUGCGUCAAGGUGUACCUUUACGGAGGGCGGCGUCAAGUGUGAUGACAGGGCCAUGCCUUAUGCAAAGCUCUGCCUUAAACACAUCCUCAACGACUCCCAGCAACUAUUGCUGCGGCCAUGUGGAGCUAUGCAGGCAGAUCUUCCUCCCUGCCAAGAACCUGUCCUCGCUAUUUUCCCCAACACCUUCUGCCCUUGCCACUCAAAAGUGCCCAAGCUUAGCUUCACCGCACCUGAGGUUAGUGGCUUCGAGAGCCCCGAGGACAUGGAACUUGAUAUUCUUCCGAAGAUUGAGGACAAGUUGUACACAGACCUGAGAUUGAAGGCCGGCAACAGCAGUGUGACCCUGAUGGAUUUAGUACCGCCUGUUCGGAAGCCUUACUCUGAGUCGUCGAGCACAUCAAGUUCGGAAAAACAACGAGAAGGGCACAAAGAGGUGCAUUCCAGGCGGAAGCAAGAUUUGUCUGAGACCCGAGAUAUGCCCCACGAAAUAAGUGAUAGUGACGCAACGACGUUGACUGCAGAUGAUUCGUAUCGAUCCACAAACUCGCCAGAUUUUCUAGCGAUGGAUACAUAGCCUUCAGCUACGUAGUAGUUUCCAAGUGUAUAGUGUUAAAUUGUGUACAAAAGUUCUAGUUUGCAUAAUUCCUAGUUGGAAAAGUAGGAUAUUGGUAAAAGUAUAUGAUGAUGGCCCUAGAUUAAAGUAAUUUUGAUCUAUGUAAAAAUUGAAAAUAACAAGGAACUUUGACAAUCAAUUUUGUUUCU